ACAACCAACAAACCUUACCGUGCCGUGCGAGCUCGAUUCCAAAUGUCGUUGACACUAGAGCAAGCUCUUCCACAUUUUGAACCACGGUCCAUCCAAUACAGCAGAUCGAUGACUUCUCCUCGGGGUAUGUCCUGUGGGCGAGAUCCCUUCGUGGCGUGUAUAAAUAUCGCAAUGAUUCCGUUGCAAGCAACAGAAUCUCUUCGAACAUUCAGAUCUUUCCUUUGAAGCUCAUUCUUUUGCAAGACCACCUCAACCAACAACCCUUCCCACCACAAGAAUGAAGUCUUCAUCAAUCGCUGCCAGUGUCCUCUGGGCAUGCGGUGCCCUUGCAGCCCCGGCUGGCUUGUCGCCUAGGCAGACGACCAACAUAGACACCACAGUUCUUCAAUUCGCACUGACGCUCGAACAUCUUGAGAACGCCUUCUACCAUGGAGCCAUCAACAAUUUCACCGAGCAAGACUUCAUGGACGCCGGGUACUCUGCCACUUACUAUAACAACCUGAAGUACAUCUCGGUCGACGAGCAAUCCCACGUCCAGCUGCUCAGCAGCGCCUUGACAGCUGCAGGUGUGACUCCCAAUGCUGCCUGCAGUUAUAAGUUCCCGUACACUGAUGUAAAAUCAUUUAUCACGCUGUCGUCCGUCCUCGAAGGCGUGGGUGUGUCCGCCUACCUUGGUGGUGCACCAUUGAUCACCAGCAAGGCCUAUUUGACCGUCGCUGGUUCAAUCCUGGUAACGGAAGCCCUCCACACAUCUUACCAGCGCGCCAACAUCGGAGAAGUCCCGAUGGCAAACCCAUAUGGCACCCCACUCGACCCAACCUCAGUUUACACACUCGCUGCCAUGUUCAUCACCUCAUGCCCAGCCAGCAACGCGGCAUUGCCUUUCACCGCCUUCCCAACCUUGACCUAUGAUUCCACAGCAUCAUGCUGGGGAGGAGAGUCUAUCAAAUUGACUGGCGCCAAAGACAUUCCCGCAGGCUCGUACGUCACCUUCAUCUCUGGCCUAAGUGUUGUCAGUGUGCAAGGCACAAUCAGUGGUGCGGAUAUUAUGGUCGAGGUCCCAGCCGUGGCCAUGGGUCAGACUUAUGUCUUCAUCACCAGCAAAGAUAUUGAAGGAACCUUUGUUGACGCUAACGUUGUGUUCGGACCUGCCAUUAUUGAAGUGGCUCCUCCAGCUCCGGUCAUCAAUGAUUCGAUUGUUUGAGUGAUUGACUCCGAAGAAAAGAAAGUCUGUGGAACAUUCAGCUUUCCGCUCAAGCCUACGCACUCUUUAAAUAGUCUUGUAUGCGAUAAUGUAAUUUGAGAGUGUUCUGUUUGGCAUGAACGAUCAUAACUGAAACGAGAGAAUUUCCGCGAAUCUCCUGCUGCUUCGAUGCGAUACAGUAGUACCGUUGACGCCUUCCAAGACUUCUCAGUGGUCUUUCUGGCUUACUACCAGGACUUUCGGCGAUGCAAUAAUGCUAGAAAGGUUGUCCCACAAAGGUCAAGUUGGA